AGGGUUCAAGGAGGGAAGGGGGCCGGCGGAUAGCGGCCCAGGCCGGGGAUAAAGCCGAUUGGUGUGUCAGCAAGUCCUGCCACUGGCUUUUGUGAUCCGAGAGGCAGACACAUUCUAUCAUCUCGGCUAAUCCUCCUCGGAUACAGGAUUUUCCUGCCAUUAAAUCUGGAGGAAGAAAAAUAAGCGCUCAAAGCAGCACAAGCAACUCUUCCUCCUGCCCCCCCCCCCCACUUCUCUGUGGGAGGCUUUUCAGCAGCGUUGGCUGCCUGACCUCGGAGAUGGAUGAGCCCCGGGAGCCCAAGGGAGCCUCGCAGGAGGAGGGGACCAGGCCGACCCCCCAGGCCGGCAGGGAUCCAGCUGGGCGGCUCUAAGCCACAGGCCUGCAGCUCACGGGAUGCUGGCCCUGCUGCUGCCUGCACUGGUCCUCGGAGGGGUGGGCGCCGGGGCCCCAGAGGCCUGCACGCGGUCCUGCCCAGCCGCCUGCUCCUGCGGCCUGGGCGAGCGGGGCUGCUGGGUACGCUGCGACCGCGCCGGCCUCCUGCGGGUGCCGCCCGAGUUCCCGGGCCAGGCAGCCUCCAUCGACCUGGACCGCAACGGCCUGCGCUUCCUGGGCGAGCGGGCCUUCGGGACGCUGCCGUCGCUGCGCCGCCUGUCCCUGCGCCACAACAACCUGUCGUUCAUCACGCCCGGCGCCUUCCGGGGCCUGGCGCGCCUGGCCGAGCUGCGCCUGGCGCACAACGGCGACCUGCGCUACCUGCACGCGCGCACCUUCGCGGCCCUGGGCCGCCUGCGCCGCCUCGACCUGGCCGCCUGCCGCCUCUUCUCGCUGCCCGAGCGCCUCCUGGCCGGGCUGCCCGCCCUGCGCGAGCUCGCCGCCCCCGGCAACCUGUUCGGCCGCGUGCCCGGCGCCCUGCGCGGCCUGGCCAACCUGACGCACGCGCGCCUGGAGCGCGGCCGCAUCGAGGCGGUGGCCGCGGGCUCGCUGCUGGGCCUGGGCCGCCUGCGCGCGCUCAGCCUGCAGGCCAACCGGGUGGGCACGGUGCACGCCGGCGCCUUCCGCCCCUGCGGGGCCCUGGAGCACCUGCUGCUCAACGACAACCGGCUGGCCGAGCUGCCCGCCGGCGCCUUCCGCGGCCUGGGCCGCCUGCGGGCGCUCCACCUGGGCGGCAAUGCGCUGGGCCGCGUGGCGCGCGCCUGGUUCACCGACCUGGCUGAGCUCGAGCUGCUCUACCUGGACCGCAACCGCAUCGCCUUCGUGGAGGAGGGCGCCUUCCAGAACCUGUCGGGCCUGCUGGCGCUGCACCUCAACGGCAACCGCCUGACCGCGCUGGCCUGGGCCGCCUUCCAGCCCGGCUUCUUCCUGGGCCGCCUCUUUCUCUUCCGCAACCCCUGGCGCUGCGACUGCCGCCUGGAGUGGCUGCGGGCUUGGAUGGAGGGCUCCGGGCGUGUGGCCGAGGUGCCCUGCGCAUCCCCGGGCUCCGUGGCCGGCCUGGACCUCAGCCGCGUGGCCUUCGGCCGAGCCUCCGAUGGGCUCUGCGUGGACCCCGAGGAACUGAACCUCAGCGCGUCCAGCGCAGGCCCGUCCCCGGGGCCCGCGGCCACCACUGUGAGCAGGUUCAGCAGCCUCCUCUCCAAGCUGCUGGCCCCGAGGGCCCCAGUGGAGGAGGCGGCCAACACCACCGUGGGGCCAGUCAAUGGCUCACUGGCCCUUCCCUCGAGGGCGGUGGGAGGCUCAAGCGGCAGCACCCAGUUUCUCCUGGGUUCCAGUCUCCUGCUCAGCGCGGCCCAGCACAUGCUGUUUGUCCUACAGACAUCCGGAGCCUGCCACCCUGGGGUGGCCCCGACUGCCUUGGCCAGUGGCAGAUAAUUUCCCUAAUUGGGCCUGAAGAUGUUUGUGGUGCGGGGAGGGGUGAACAGGAUGGAGAAGUUUGCCUCUAGAGAUGGCCCCAGGAAGAGGACAGCCCUGGGAAAUGGCACCUGGGAUUAGGGAAGGGGUAUGGAUUUCUGUUCAUGUCACAUGGGCAUCAGUUGGAAAAGAGAAGCAAGAAUGAAUAUGGCCCUGGCCAGUUUUGCUCAGUGG